AUGUCUAUCUCGCAACAAAGCAAUCCUUUGGCUUACAUUGGUGGUGCCGCAGUGGCUGGUGUCACUGCGCUUGCUGCCAUUUAUCACGAUCGUGCUGUAUUCGACGAAGUUCGUAAAGAUGUUGUGACACAACCUGGCUGGCCUUUGGUUGGCAACCUUCCCAUUCUACUUCAAUGGAAGGAUAAGCUACACGAAUUUUUAUUGGAAGGAUUCACGUCAUUGGAUGAACAGACCUUGACCAUGUCGGCACUCGGAAUUCCACGCCAUAUCGCUACCGUCGAUCCACGUAAUGUGGAACAUCUCCUGAAGACCAACUUUGAAAACUACAUCAAGGGACCUGAAUUCCAUGGUGCCAUGAACGAUCUUUUUGGUAACGGUAUCUUUAAUGCUAAUGGUGAAGAUUGGAAAUAUCAACGCAAGACGGCUUCUUUGAUCUUCAAUGUCAAGAACUUCCGUGAUCAAUUCACAGAUGUCUUUGUUCAAGAGAUUGAUUACAUGAGUGAAACUAUUUGGGAUAAGGCUGCUGAAAACCACGAGUCGGUCGACUUCCAUGAUAUCAUGUUCAAGUUUACAUUGGAUUCUUUCAUCUUGCUUGGCUUUGGUGUUCAACUCAAUGCUCUUGGUUCCAAAGGCAAAGUUCCCUUCGCUGCCGCUUUCGAUGAGGCACAAAAGAACACAUUCCAACGCUUCGUCAAUCCCAUUUGGCCCAUUACUGAACGCAUUCAAAAGAUGCUUGCUCCAUGGCGCGAUGGUAUGAAGGAUCACUUGCACGUGGUCGACAGCUUUGCACGUGAAGUCACCGAGAAACGACGUGAGGAGAUGGCUGCCGGUGAAGUCAAGAAGGAUCUUUUAUCUCGAUUCAUGCAAGCACGUAAUGCGAACGGCGAACCCCUCAACAACAAUGAAUUGCGUGACAUUGUGCUCAACUUUGUGAUUGCUGGUCGUGAUACUACUGCACAAGCCUUGUCUUGGACCUUUUACAUGCUCAUGUGCCAUCCUCGUGUCGAAGCCAAGCUCUUGGAUGAGAUCAAUACCCAUAUUACUGAUGAUGUGAUGCACGAUUCUACCGCCUUGUUUGAAGCCAUCAAGAACAUGAAAUACGCUCAUGCUGUGUUUUAUGAAGUGUUACGUCAAUACCCAUCCGUCCCUCUCAACCAAAAGUACGCCUUGAACGAUGAUGUUUGGCCCGAUGGUACGCAUAUUCGUAAGGGUGACUACAUUCUCUGGUCUCCUUGGUCACAAGGACGCAAUGAAAAGGUUUGGGGUGCCGAUGCCAAACAAUUCCGACCUGAGCGCUGGAUUACCCCUGAAGGCGAUUUACGACGUGAGUCUCAAGGUCAAUGGCCUGCUUUCCAUGCUGGUCCUCGUACUUGUCUCGGUCAACAUCUCGCUACUCUUGAAGCUCUUGUUGCUAUCGUCUUCCUUCUCAAGCGUUACAAGUUCAGCCUUUUGCCCGGUCAAGAUAUCACUUAUCAAAUCUCAUUGACUCUUCCCAUGAAGGAUGGCAUGAAGGUUUCUGUUGAGAAGCGUUAA